GUAUUCUGUUCCCUUGAGUCAGCAAGCCAGCUUGCGCGGGUAUAAAUAUUAAUAUUUAUGGAAAACUUCUGAUAAGAGUUAAUGCAGUGCAAAAACAUCACAGUUGCACGCUUUGCAUGUUAAGAAGCUGAGAGCGCUAUAACAGCGAUGAACGGCCAAUGGCUUGGAAGUCGGAGUAUCAGAACAAACUGGGCAACAAGGAAGCCACCUGCACCAAAAAACGAAGUUGGUAAUGGAAAGCCACUUACCUUCGACGAAGUCUAUAAUCAAAGCAGUCCUACAAACUGCACAGUGUACUGUGGAGGUAUAUCGAAUGGUCUGACGGAAGAACUGAUGCAGAAAACCUUCGCCCCUUUCGGAACAAUUCAAGAAAUCAGAGUAUUUAAGGAUAAAGGAUACGCAUUUGUUAGAUUCUCAACAAAGGAGUCCGCCACACACGCAAUCGUCGCCGUGCACAACACCGACAUCAAUGGACAAAUCGUGAAAUGUUCUUGGGGAAAAGAAUCUGGAGACCCUAACAACGCACCAGUUGCCGGACAGGCAAUAGCUGGCACAUCUUUUCCGUACAACGCAUAUGGCCAACAACUGAGUUAUUGGUACCCUCAAAGCUAUCCAUCGACAAGCUCCACGCAAUUGCAAGGACAGUACCUCGGCGGUAUGCAAGCAGGAUAUGGUUACGGACAGUACGGUGGCUACCAACAGUCCUAUAUGGGGAUGGGCCUGCAAGUGCCAGCCGCAGCCGCAGCAGCUGCCGCAGCAGCCGCCGGGUGGCAAGUCCCAAGCCAGCCCCAAUUGCCAGCGACGCCCCAACAAAUGACAGCCCCAACUGCCACUCUACAGCAGCCCGGGCUCGUCUUUCCCAUUCAACAGUAUCAACAGAUGGGAGAUGAGGAUUGGCUUUCGCCUAGCCUUUUGGUGUGAUUUUGAAGGACAAAGUAUCACACAGAAGGCUUCAAGGUUUCAAAAUACUCUUUGGACCUCGGCAUCUCGAUCGUCUGCUAAUCUACUGUUAAGGAUCAACUAACUUUAACUUAGUUACCUGUACUAGAGCGCUAAAUAGACAGGUAUUCGCAUCCGUCAUUCUUUAGUAGUCGACUACCAAAACGGAAGGGAGUAGCAUAAUUCAUCGUCCUCCACCGUUAAUACGGCUUGUUUUGUCUACGGUGAUAUCAUGAUAGUCUCUUCCAUUUCGGUACUUGGCUAUAGAUAGGCGCGUGUGAACAUGGAUACAAGUGGCUUACCCAGUCACAUGUAUAUUUUUCUUUUGGUGAUAUCGUUAGAUUAUCGCUUCCUAAUGAUAAGAUCAUAUUGACGUCAGAUAGGGCUAGGGUAUUUGCCAUCAUUUUGAUAAACGCGUUCGAUCAAUAAUCUCAAAAAGAAAUUGAAACAAUAUAAAAAUAUUUUCCAAGUAAGCUGUAAUUCUUGUAAUGAACUUUAGAUACAAUGAGUUAUCAAGCGAGCCCACACUAAAAACUCACACUGUAUAUGAUUUUUUGACAGUACACAUUAGUUGACUAGCUGUCUUAUUAUGACGAUAUGACAGCUGUAUCGCUCUUAUAAGUGGUGGAAAACACAACGGAAGGAUCCAAAUACUCAUCUGAUUUAGCGCUAUAACUGUACUUCUGCGGUGGGGUUGUAAUAACGUGGAAGAGUGACUGGCACUCCAUGAGAUCACUUUUAUGUAGGUUUUAGUCCGAUCUUGGGGGGCUUUCGAGGUCAGCGGGAUUAAAGACAGUUCUAUAUAUCAGUUUAGCUUUUAGCACUAAAAUCAAAAUUAUUGUCAAAUUUUACAUUGUGCUUUUAAUCUGUGCGGUAGACGUAGAAUAAAAGUAUUCAGACAGAAAAUUGGGAAACUUUGGAACCGUGGAACUUUUUACAAUACGUCUACAUUAUACUAAAUAUUCUGGUCAAACCAAAACAAAAACAACAAAAACUUAAUGUUUCGUUUUCGAUCCAAUUUUUCUAUACGUUUUGUAACCAAUACCGCCAGUAUCAGUUCUCAUAAGGUUUGCGACAUGUUCCUUAUCUGAGGGUACGGAAACCGACAGUUAAAAGCACAAUAUAAAUUUUAGUCGAUAAAACAAUCCCGAAUCGUUAGAACAGGAAAGUUCAUGUUAUCGAUAAUAACCACAUUCUUGUGAAUGCCAUUAUUUCUGCUUUCUUGGUUAACCCCCAUAUAAGUGAUUUUCAAUUGUAGGCGAGGCGUCCAGACCACUCUUCUAAUACACAAAUUAGUAUAUAAGGAUUUAUAUUUGUAAAAAAAAUAUAUAUAUAUGUAUACAUAUAACGAGGUUCGAAUUAUAUAAGUUGACUUGUACAAAAGAUGCAAAAGUAGUUAUAGUGAAGAAAGAGAUUAGAUAGGAUAAAAGAUAGAUAGGUUAGUUGAUAGUUAUGUAAUCAUAAAAUAACACGGUGAAUAUUUUGAGAUCAAUGUUUGUGAUGUUCCAAAAUUAUUAUUAAUCAUUUAAUAAAGAUUAAAUACCAAAUCAAAAAUGUACUGUAACAUUCCACUGUGGGAACAUGUAUGAGCUGACCAUUAUGUUUAGUUAGUUGAGAAAUGCCAGUCCUGUUUUUUUUUUUGUUUUUCGUUUUAACGUCAACGAAAAGAUUCUACAUUAUUGGAAUUCAGGCUUCCUUUGCCGAACGGAGAUGAAUGAAAUGUUGUUAGCUAUAUAAAAAAUCAAAAAUAUAUUGUAAAAGGUCAUUAAGAACAUGGAUGGGUCUUCCAUUCUGUUUUGUAAUUAAGGAAAAGUCAACUGUUAAACUCAUCCUGAUGCCAUCAUGAAAGUACUCAUUUUCAAAAUAUUAUUCGUAAGAAGUACGGAUAUGCGAACGAACACCAAAAUUGCUAAUCUUGAAAUUACUCGUUAAAGUGGUUUUUACAGACUGUUAAUUGUGAAAGCACUACGUCAAUUACGGCCCGAUUUUACUGUUGAUCCACGACAAAUGAGAAAUACCCCAGGCUCCAGAGAAAAAUAUUGGUAUUUCGUGUAAAAAAAACUCUGGCAGAUAUUAAAUAAUAAAAGAUAUGCGUUGUUUUUUAAUAAACGAUGAGAAAAGCUCAAAAUUCAGUAUUUUGCUUGUAUAAUUUUCAAAUUAAAUUCUAUAAAUAACCGGUAAACUGGAGAUUUUAGAGCAUAAAAAGACCUUCAAUUCUAUUUUUUAAAAUCGAUAAUAUCAGAAAUAAGAAAGGUCGCGGAACAUCAGUAAACUAAAAAGUGUGCGUGUUCCGAUAUUUCUGAAAAGGUUGAAAGAAAAGGGCAAGCGGGCAACUUUUGCUAAUCAAAAUAUCGAGUCAAUCAGCAUCAGUUGAAGGAUCCCGGAUAUUUCUAUUUCCAUGUAAAUAAACGACUAUAGUUCCAUCAUAGCUCAUUUAUUUUCUUGGAUAUAAACAAAAACAAUAGAAAAAUCUAAUUUUUAUUUUCCCUAUCUCACCUACGCAACGCCGUCAUCAGUUAAUUAAGGAUUAAGUUCAGCGUCAUUUUAAUAUUCUGAGAAAAAAGUCAGAAACGAACAUGUGCAACAGAGAAACUGAACGGAUCAAGUCGGUCAAACAGGCCCAUAGACAUUAUUUCCAUGCUCUAUCGGUAGUUACUGUUCAUGUGGCACCGUUUUCCCUUCCCACAUAUUUUUUGUGCGCCGCAGUAUGGAUAGAUUAGUCAGCCGGACCGGUGCGCCGGGCGAUGAGCUUAAAGAGCAAGGGUACCCGGAUCGAAAACAUUUAUCUGUCAUUAUGUUUUGAAGGCUAAUGGCUUGGGGGAGUAUAAAUGUACUAACAUCAAAAAAAUGUACGUACCUUCCCCCACCCCACACAUUCCCCAACCUCCGAUUUCAACCCCUACAAAAAUAUGUUUCUGAAAAUGACCAGGCGCCUCAAAAAAUGAAAUUUUAGUGAUUUUGAUAUUAUCAUGUUUUUAGCUCUAGGUCCACCGCCACUAAACUGAUUCUCAAAAACUAUACUAUCUCAUUUUCGAAAUCAUUAGUUAUCUUUUACAAAGCUUGUCAUAUCUUUUACAAAUACAACUUUACUGAGUAAUUUCAAGUGUGUCUCGAUUAAUCGUAUACCCAAAGUUCUUGCUUAUAUUUCAAAAAAUAAAUCUAAUUAAUAAUAAGGAACUUAUUAUGAUGGAACGGAUGUGUACAUAGGGAAUACAUAGAGCCUUAACACAGUUGUAUUUACUCCUUGUCCUUGCCCUUUUUUGGAACAGACCCAAAAAUGUCUUUAUCAUUAUAUGUGAACAGGAAGAUAUAUCAAAGGGGAGUCAAUAGUAGAAAAUAAUAAGGUAUUAUAAACUGCAUAAAUGAAUGUACGAGUAUAUUAUUGCUUAGUCGUAUUCGUAAUUGAAUGAAAAAAUUUCAACCGUGUUUUAGGAAUGACAUGAGUGAUAUAGAACAUAUAUAAUAUAUAUUAUACUGGGGGGAAAAACGUGCUGUCUCCCCCUCAUAGCAUUUUUAUUUUUCAUGAUGCUCCGAAAAUGCGUUAAACUGUUAAGAGCUAAUUUUACUGCCUGUUUGCAAAAACAUAGUUUUAUGAAGGAGUUUGUAUAUGAUACGAAAAUGUGAUGCAUUCAUUGAGAAACAACAAAAGGAGAGUAGCGCGUUAUAUUCUUAUAAAGUAAAAAAUUUCCUACGCAACGCCAUCAUUAGUUCAUAAAAUAUUAAGUACAGCGCAAUUUGAAUCCUCUCAGAAAAUAACAUUAAACGGAUCAAGUCAGCCAAUAAGUCCAUAGAUAUUCUUUCACUGUCCUACCGAUAGUUACUGUCCAUCUGGCAACGUUGUCCUUUUGCACAUCUGCGCGGCACCGCUGCAGCGAGUUGUCGCUCAUUCCGCGUAUGUUUUGUGCGUUGCAGUACAAACACAUUAGUCAGACGGACCGGUGCGCCCGGCGAGGAGCUUAGAUAGCAGGAGUACGCGGAUCAAAAACGUUUUUCUGUCAGUUUUGAAGGCAAAUGUACGGAAAAAUAUGACUAAUAAGUACCUGGAAUUGCUGGGGUUUGAGAACGUAUAAAAAUAUCGACAUCAAAAAAAUUCGAUAAAAUAACUUGCGAAUUUUCUGUCAUGUAUAAAAAACUAAAAGAAGCAGUUUUGUAUAAAAUCAGAUUCGCGUCAGUUACAUUUUUCGCUUUAUGGAUUUGAUUGCGUUCUAAAUUAUGGUCCAAGUCUGUCCCAAAAUUGAGAUGUAUUAAGAAAAUGACAGUGCUACAGCCUUUAUUAUUACACAUCUUAGUAUGAGCGUUUCCAGAAGUUUGGAAGAGGUUUAACUUUGAUACACAAACACUCGAAAGUCCGCGUCAAAACGUUAUUUGUCGAUUAAUAAUACAAAUAAACAUUCUAACACACGUGCUUGGAACUGUGAGAAUUGUACAGGUUAAAAGAUGAAUUGUAUAUCCUUUAGACAGUCCAAUAUUUCACAGUGGAGUGUAUCGCAUUUAGUGUUGUAUUUUUAAAGUAACCCAAAAGUUAGCCAGUUGACACAGGAUAUGUUACAUUUGAAGAAGAAGCUAGCUUUUGCAAACAGGCUGAUUUCGCAAAAAAAAAGUGUGACAUUUGUACCAUGGAACAUACCAAUAAACUAUCAUAAUUG